GUGAAGUUGUUGGUGCAUUUGAUAUUAAUACAACAGCAAAUAUAAUAUAUAGGUAUAAUUUUGAAAAAAAUCAUUCAUCUUCGAUUAUUCACCAGCGAAACAUAGAAUCAUUACCCUUAGAUUACUAUGAUUCUUAUAAAGCAAAUAUAUGGUUAAUGUCACCACCAUGUCAACCAUAUACACGAACAGGACUGCAUCGAGGAUCAGAAGAUAUUCGUUCUAAAUCAUUUAUUUACUUAAUUGAUCUAUUAGAUAAAAUGAAUAGUCCUCCGACUUAUAUAUUAAUUGAAAAUGUUAAAGGUUUUGAGGAAUCAGAGACUCGAGAUAUUUUAAUAAAGCAAUUAAAUAAUUGUCAUUACAAUUAUCAAGAAUUUUUUAUUACACCAUUGCAACUGGGAAUUCCUAACUCAAGGCUAAGAUAUUAUAUGCUGGCAAAAAAACGACCACUAAAAUUUAAAAAUUCAGACAAUUCUAAAAUAUUGAAUCAUAUUCCUUGUUCAUUGUAUGAUCAAGAUUUUGUUGACAUUCGAAACGCAAACAAUUCAAACUUAAUUGAAGAAAAAAUAACUGACUUUAAAUUAAACAUUGCACCAAUAGAAAAAUAUUUGACAAAUGCUGAUGGUGAUCGAUAUUCUAUUCCUAACAAGACUUUACUCAAGUAUGGAAAAUUAUUUGACAUAGUAAAGCCAUCGUCAACAAGAAGUUGUUGCUUCACAAAAGGAUAUUAUCAUUACGUGGAAGGCACAGGCUCUAUUUUGCAGUUGAAUGAAGAAUUAGAUGCACCUCAAUUAUUCAAACAACAAUUACCAGAUCAUGAAAUGUUGGCAUCACUGCCUCUAUUAAGACUUAGAUAUUUUACUGAAUAUGAAAUUUCUCAAAUCAUGGGAUUUCCCAAAGAAUUCUUAUUUCCAAAUGAAAUCACGUUAAAACAAAGAUAUAGAGUUUUAGGAAAUAGUAUAAAUGUUAAUGUUGUUUCAGAAUUAAUCAA